AGGUUCUUCGAAAGACUCUCACGACCAGGCAAUUACCACAUACUCUCUCUGAGAUGAUGAGGGAAGAGCAGGUCGUGCACGAUCCGUGCAUCGCCAAUACAAAGAAGAUCAUGGAGGAUCGAGCUAUGACGUCCCCUCCUCUCGAAAGUGACAGCAUGAGAGUGAUUAGGAUGGCUGCUCUCGGGCGGUCGGCUAACGUGGGCGACUUAUACGAUAUCCGGACAGAGGCUUUCUGUACAGCGAGGCAGGGAUCCCGUCCGCGGCUGAGUUUGUUUGAUCAUCACAUUCUCCCGCCAACCGUGUCUAAAUCUCAGCCGUCCAUUCAAGUGCAUUACACGAUCGAUGAUGAAGAGGAAGAUGACUGUCACAGCUUGUCGAAGAGGUGCCGCAUCUUACACGUCGAUCCUCAACUGCAGCUGAGCAUCCUCGGGGGUCUGAUCACACCGGAGGGACCGGGGGAGUACCUUGUCUAUCGGGAACCCAGCGUCCCGGCGGGCGACACCGACAGAGGGGCCCGGGCAUCCUUCUUCUGCCAGGUCACUACUGUCGAGACUCAUCUAGACUUCAAUCAACAGCUCCCUAACAAGGAGGCGAUCCACGUGGCAGCUUCGAGGACCAUCAACGCAAUCGACUCCGGCCUUCAUCAGGCUACCCAUCUCGUAAGCGGGGUGGUUCUUGGCGGGACCGUGGUGGCCUUGAUUACCAGCCGACCGAUGCAGCAGCAGCAGCAGCAGCAGCAGGAGCAGCAGCAAUCACCUGCAGAGUGUCAAGUCGACGACGGGAACAAGCGAGGGUCGGAGCUUGUGGUCCACAAGGCAGCGACCAAGGCCCGCUUGCAGAGACGUCUGAUGACACUCAAGGCAUCCUUACUUCCCACUGCUACCGGUAGUAGCUUAGACACCGGCGAGUCCAAAGCCGGUGGUAGUGAUUCCCCCGUCGGCUCAUCACAGGCUGAAAUCGCUGGGGAUGAUGCUAUUAAUAGCCCUGCUGCGAGUGACCCUGCUGCUAUUAAUAGCACUGCUGCGAGUGAUGGAGAUCGCGGAGGUAGGCGGAAUCGCAGCAGCAGCAGCAGCGCAAUAGUCCCCGACGAUUCCCGCGGUAAUGGCGCUCCUCAUAGCCCGACGGCGACGGUUAGAAGCGACGGCUGGCGAAAGCGCAUCAGUAGAAAUCUUAGGACCGGCGGCAGCAGCGGCAGCAGCGGCAGCAGCAGAAAAAGCGGUACUACCACUAGUAGUAGUAGUAGUACUAGAAGAAGUACUGCUACUGCUGGUAACGAUAGUAGUAGCAGUGCUAGCAGUGGUAGUUCUUCUUCUUGUUGUUGUUGUUGGAAAGACGAAGGAGAGAAGAAGAUUAGGAGGAGGAGGAGGAGUAGGUGUACAGACUCAGGAGAGGAGACCGUUACCACGUAUGGUAGUUGGGGCCGUAGUGGUGAGGGAGAGGAGACCGACUCCAUUUCCGUGAGGAUCUUCACGGACUUGACCUGGGAAAGGCCAUUCGGAAACGCAUCGACCAGUCUGACCGAGCUCAAGAGGAUUGUCGAUUGCUGCACACACCUGGGUGAUGAGCACAUACGUCUGCUUGCCCCCGUUGUUAUCUGCUUAUGUCCGAUCUCAGACUUUUUCCGUUGGCAUCAACAAGUUUGCGGCUAUCCUGUCGCCAGAGCGGCGUCAGCGCUGCGCGCUUUGCCGUCACACACGCUUCCGGACGAGCACGCCAUCUCCAAAACUCGCCGACUGUUUGAAGAGCUCCAAGAGCUAAGAGACGAUUUCGAGGCUUUGCUCCGCGACAUGGGCGUUGCCAUUCGAGCUCACGGCGAGAUUGCAGUUCUGAGGAUGGAGAUGGAGGUGUUAUACCUCCAGCGAAGCAGGAUAGAGAUCACGACACAGAGACUUCGACAGGAAGUGGCCGAGGCUACGGUGAAGAUUCGUUGCUCCCCUCCUCCUCCUCCUCCUCCUCCUCCUCCCUCUCCUGCUCCUCCUCCUCCCUCUCCUCCCUCUCCUCCUCCUCUUCCCUCUCCUCCCUCUCCUCCUCCUCCUCCUCCUCCUCCUUCUCCUCCAGGUUCGUCGGGGGAAGAGGAGGGAGGGGGGUCCGCGGCUUUGACGCGAGUAGUGGACAGGUUCCGCCAAAGCUCCGGCCUGUUCGCUGCGCGCCAGAGUGUUGCCAGAGAGUCGGCUAGACUCAAUGAGAUAGUGGCGACGCUGACGUCCCUGCGCAGCGGAGGUGUGAGGUUCCGCACCGGAGAGGACGAUGUCAGUGCCAUCGGCGCGAUUGUGUCCGAGCACAAGCAGGACAUGGUCUACAUUAUGGUCCAUUUCUCCGCUGCGGGUCGUGGAGAAUCCUGGCAAAAGAACCUGAAGCUGCUCAAAUGCCUCAUGGAUAUCGAGAGGGGGAGGGGGCUUCAAGAAGCCCCCGACGAAACCAUCGCUGCUACAUCCGUUGGCUCUGUUGCUGCUCGUCGUCCUCCUCGCUGUUUCUUCUACGUACUGCAGCUGCAGGUUCUUGGUUCAGACCCCUGCUCCUCCGGCAACAGCUCCUCCGUUGUAGAUGGAACGUGCUCACCACACUCGAUGCCAAACACGACGACAGCUGGCAGCAUGACGUGGAAGAGACAUGACGGCCGCACGAUGGCUAUGGCGGGGGCAGUCGACGAGCUUCCUCACUCCCCUAGUGGCCAUGGCAGUAGCCAUCGUUCUCCUCCGCCUCCUCCUCCUCCUCCUCCACGGGGCAGCAAUGGAGUCACAAUGGGUGAAAGCCAAGGUUUUGAUCAUCUCCCUGACACGAGGACAAGGUUCUAUCAGAAUGGCUGCCUUAUCCUCGACGACGUGAGACGUCAAAUGGACAGAGUGGCACAGCUGUGCAUACUGAGAAGCAGCCAGAUGGAACUUGGUGUGCCUCUGGAGACGAGUUACAGCGAGCAACGUCCACGUGUAGCAGCACCUCUGCGAGCACCUUGCCCGGGCUCUGUGUCUGGCAAAUGCCCUUCUCUGGAGAGGGACUGGCAUUGCGAGAGGUGUGCAUGCCACGUGGAGUACGGUGGGGACGGCUACGUGUACUGCGACUGCGGGCGGGCACCGUUAUCUUCGCUGAGCUACAUGUGCCGAGCCGCCAAACACGAGGGGGGCAAUACCUAUAUAGGUUACGACGACCCGGUGCAGCAGCUGGCGGAAUAUCUGGGGAGGUUGCCGGCCGGCAGGGAGAUAAAAAAUGUGCUGCUGCUCGGGGAGAGCGGGGUAGGCAAGUCCACUUUCAUCAACGCCUUCGCCAAUUACCUUAGGCACAAAGACAUGGAGGACGCCAAGGACGAUCUGCUUGCCCUGAUCCCUUCGCACUUCACGGUGUGUCCUGCGGGCAACUACAGCGGCGUGAGGGUGACGGUGGGCGACCUUCUGGGAGACGAUAACGAGGAGGCCGGUGUCGGGAAGUCCGCUACCCAGACCUGCAAGGCCUACGUUUUCAGCUAUGCCUACCAUGGGGAGGAGUACAAGGUGCGUCUCAUCGACACUCCUGGGAUAGGGGACACUCGGGGCUUCCACCAGGACCGGCACAAUUUGGAGAAUGUCCUCAAGUUUCUGGGUAAUCACCGGCAGGUUCAUGGCAUCUGCAUCCUGAUGAAGCCCAACUUGGCAAGACUCAAUGUGAUGUUCCGCUUCUGCGUACUGGAACUCUUGUCCCACCUGCACAAGAGUGCCAAGGACAACCUCACCUUCGUCUUCACCAACGCCCGCUCCACCUUCUAUCGUCCUGGGGACACCAUGCCGGUGCUGCAGGAGAUGGCCAAGAAGAUCAGUGACUCCCCUCCUUUCGUUGAAAUCGAGCUCAGCGACAACACCAUGUACUUGGUGGAUAGCGAGUCGUUUCGCUUCCUGGCCGCUGCCAACAAAGGGGUGAAGUUCAGUGAUGAACAGACGGGCGACUUCGCAAAGAGCUGGAGGGUGUCUGUGAGGGAGUGCAGGCGGCUCAUGGACCACAUCUUGAGUCUAUCUCCACACAAUGUGGAGGACACCAUUUCUCUGAACGAGGCCCGCCGUCACAUGCUCCAACUGAUGCGGCCCCUUGGAGAAAUCAGCCGCCUUAUAGGGGUCAAUAACAAGCUCAUAGAAGAGAAAAAGGAAGAGUUGGGGAAGGUAGAGGAGGAGCAGAAGUCGCAGGGGCAUGUGGGGGACGUGGAGGAAGAGCGGGUGGAUCAGCCCCGCUGCGUUUGCAUCUCCCCCUCGUGUAGGGAUGCCGUAAUUGUGGAGGGGGUCACGAAGUACCACUACAGGACAGUGUGUCACGACCCAUGCAGCGACUCCACCGGGGCUCUGAACACCAUCAACGACCCGAGCCUCCGGUCUUGCUCUGCCAUGGGCAAGAAAGGCAAGUGCACCCAUUGUGGCUGCGACUGGUCCUCUCACAUGCGCGUGGACAGGGAGACGAAUAUCAAGAUGGUUCUCAGACAGCAGCCUGCUGCAAGAAAGUCGAGAUCUUUAUCAGAUGGCUGGCUGGAAGCGGCGAAGACAGAGGUGCAAGUGAAGCUAGCGCACUUGACGGCCAAGGUCAGCCAGCUGGAGCAGGAACAGGCAGCUGUGUCCGCCACCUGCACCAGGUUCGCCUUGGUCCAGAAAUGGAACGCCUUAACGCCACAUAACGACGCCAUUGUGGAAUAUUUAGACCAUCUGGUGGAGGAGCUGAGGAGUGCUGACUCAGCAGGAUCGGAUUCUGAAGGAGGCGAUAGAGAGCUGCUGAGGAGGCUGAUCGAGUUGAAGCAAGAGUACGAGCACGAGGCAAGGCUGCUCUCGGAGGCAUCAGAGACCUCCUGCGAGAGCCUGGAGGAGGCGCAGGCGAUGCUCUCACCAACAAGGACGAAGGAUAUGAUGCAGACAUUGUUUCAUCUACCAAUAACAGGCUGGAAGAUAAAACAAGCUGUGGAGGGAUCUGAAUCUAGUGGUCGUGAAACAGAGGUAAAAUACCAGGAAGUGCUAGUCAGGACGGCCAAGCAGAGGGCCUGGGCGAAUGUCAAAUAUGCCCCUCAUCUUUCCAAUCCGCCACAAAGACUCCGCUAGUACCAGUUCACCAGAACCUCUGAAGGAGGGCUGGGAAAUCCACCAAGGACAUAUUACUCACGAAGUCGCCGAACGUGUAAUGCAACCAUGAAUUCGAUAGAUUUGUGGUGCUUGAGGGGUGGGGGAGAAGAGUACAGGAGUGUUGUACCCAGCACAUGUGGCUGAAUGGUGCCACACAUGCGUAUUUGUUAUUAAACAGUUCAAAUCCUGAUCGAACUGGAUGGACACAAUAAUACUAGGGCAUAUUAGCCCCUUUCUGAAAGAACAAACAACAAAUAAAAGAGCGUUGACUCC